AUGGACGAAUUCCUGUCCACCCCACAGAACCUCAGAGGUGCACGAGGUGUGGACAAGAUGGUGCCCACCUCCCCGGGCUCCAGCAGUCUGGCGGGCUCCUCAAGGGACUCCCCGCGGGGUGAUGCAAUGACCCAGAUGUCGGCUGACCUAGCGGCAAUAUCCGCCAACAUGCUCACUCGAGGUGAUAAAACAGAGCUGGUCGCCGAGCUACACUCUGUUAUCCACGAAGAAAUAGCGGCGGUACGCAGGGACCUCUCGGUGCUAGAACAAAGAGUGGACGACCUGCAGGAACGCCACGUGCAAACAGCGCAACAGCAGCAGGCCACAGACUUGACAACCACAAGGCAGGGGAACAUUCUCCUAGACCAUCGACGCCAAGUUGAAGACCUGAAUAAUAGGGGCCAGCGAAACAACAUCCACAUCAGGGGCCUCCCAGAGACAGACAACGUGUCCCCAUGGGAGCUCCUAAGAGGCCUCUUCGCACACAUCCUAUUCCCCGCUUCCUCCAGGCCGUGGGCCUACUGCACGUCCACGUACAGAACUGGAUUUUGGAGUGCCCACCGGCCCGCCCCAACUGGCCCCAUCCAGCUGUGGAUAACCUGA